AUGGGCAAAACAGGUCCCUUUGACCUCUCCCCUCUGCUGCACAACCUGCUCGCCAACAACCAGCUAUCAGGCCGCCUCCCUGACCCUUUAGUCACCAACCCUGCCUUCUACAAAUUGGGUCCCAUCGCUACUCUCCUCUGCGUCCACUCUCACACCCUCUCCUUCUCCAUCUCUCUACUACCAAAUCCUUUCCCCCUCCACCCUCCCCUUCUCCAUCCCUCCAUUCUAAAUCGCGCCCCUCUCCACCCUUCCCUUCUCCAUCCCUCCACUCCAAAUCCCUCCCCUCUUCACCCUCCCCUUCUCCAUCCCUCCACUCCAAAUCCCUCCCUUGUCCACCCUCCCCACUCCAGUCUCCCCUUUCCAUCCCUCCCCUCUCCCCUCUCCACCCUCCACUCUCUACCCAUUGUUUCUCCAUCCCUCCCUCACAGCGAUGUGCAAAACAACAACCUCUCCGGCCGUCCACCCACCCUGUCUUCCUUUCACCCACCCUUUCGCCUUCCUCUCCACCCACCCGCUGCCUUCCCUACAUAUCCCUUUUCUCUAUCCUCCUUCCCAUGCAUCUUCUCUCACUCAAGCAUCUCCCUUAUUCGCCCACCCCUCUCCAACCAACUCUCUGGGAACCGCUUCACAGGGGUUGUGCCUCUGGAGCUUCAACAGCAGCAUGGCACGAAGUGUCUCUCCUCUGAACCCCCUCAGCUGUUCCCUCCUCCCUUCCCUCCUCCUAACCCCCCAAUGAGCGUCACCGACGGCAUGGAGUGCCCCUCGCCUGCCUCUGCCCCUACCCCCUCUCUCACCUCCCUCCUCGCCUCCUCUUCUGUUCCGCUCACCUUCUGCUCUCUCUGCCCUUACUUCUGCAGUAUCGGUGGGCAGCAGUAG